GCCUCGCGGCGGCCUCGCAACCUCUCGGGCCGCCGCCACCGGGGUCCUGCUGUCCUGUCCUGUCCUGUCCCGUCCCGUUCCGUCCCGCAGCCACUCCGGGCGCGAGGCCCCCACCAGAACUACAACUCCCAAGGUGCCUCGGGGCGCCCCCGGCCGCCCUGACAGCCACGUGAUAGCGGUGGCGGCGGUCACAUGACCGCGCGGCGGGGCAGGCCCGGCGGAGGAGCUGCUGCCGCCGCCCCGCAUGGCCAACGUCGCCAAGAAGGUGUCCUGGUCCGGCCGCGACCGCGACGACGACGAGGACGGACGUGCGGGCGAAACCACCCCGCUGCUCAACGGUACCGGCCCGGGUGCGGCGGGCAGCGGCCGGCAGCUCUCUCCUUCCCCCUUCCUGCGCAUCGGGCAGCUGAGCAAUGUGGAUCUCAACGAGGACAUCCGUGAGCUGGAGACAGAGGUGCCUCGGCAGCGUCCCAACGAGAUCCCCCACAAUGAGAAGCUCCUGUCACUCAAGUAUGAGAGCUUGGACUAUGACAACAGUGAAAACCAGCUAUUCCUGGAGGAGGAGAGGAGGAUAAACCAUGCGGCGUUCCGGACGGUGGAGAUCAAGCGCUGGGUCAUCUGCGCCAUGAUCGGCAUCCUCACCGGCCUCGUCGCCUGCUUCAUCGACAUUGUGGUGGAGAACCUGGCUGGGCUCAAGUACCGUGUGGUCAAGGACAACAUUGACAAGUUCACAGCCAAAGGGGGCCUCUCUUUCUCCUUGUUACUCUGGGCCACCCUGAAUGCCAGUGUGGUGAUGGUGGGCUCUCUGAUCGUUGCCUUCAUAGAGCCUGUAGCAGCUGGCAGUGGCAUUCCCCAGAUCAAAUGUUACCUCAACGGUGUGAAGAUUCCACACGUUGUCCGGCUCAAGACCCUGGUGAUCAAAGUCUGCGGGGUCAUCCUCUCAGUGGUCGGUGGCCUGGCUGUUGGGAAGGAAGGACCCAUGAUUCACUCUGGAUCCGUGAUUGCUGCUGGAAUCUCCCAGGGAAGAUCCACGUCCUUAAAGCGAGAUUUCAAGAUCUUUGAGUACUUCCGCAGAGACACAGAGAAGAGGGACUUUGUGUCGGCUGGAGCUGCCGCCGGCGUCUCGGCUGCCUUCGGUGCCCCUGUGGGGGGUGUCCUGUUCAGCUUGGAGGAAGGGGCUUCCUUCUGGAACCAGUUCCUGACGUGGAGAAUCUUCUUUGCCUCCAUGAUCUCCACCUUCACGCUGAACUCUGUCCUGAGCGUUUACCACGGCAAUGCCUGGGAUCUCUCCAGCCCUGGGCUUAUCAACUUUGGCAGAUUUGAUAGUGAGAAAAUGGGCUACACAAUCCAGGAAAUUCCUAUCUUCAUCUUUAUGGGAGUGGUUGGUGGGAUCCUUGGAGCCCUGUUCAAUGCCCUCAAUUACUGGUUGACGAUGUUCCGGAUCAGGUACAUCCACCGGCCCUGCCUGCAGGUGGUUGAGGCCAUGCUGGUGGCAGCAGUGACAGCAACCGUGGGGUUUGUCAUGAUUUACUGCUCAAGGGAUUGCCAGCCCAUCCAGGGGAGCUCUGUGGCAUAUCCCCUGCAGCUUUUCUGUGCUGAUGGAGAGUACAACUCCAUGGCAACUGCCUUCUUCAACACACCUGAGAAGAGUGUUGUCAACCUCUUCCAUGACCCUCCAGGUUCCUACAACCCCAUGACCCUGGGCAUGUUCACACUGAUGUAUUUCUUCCUGGCCUGCUGGACCUAUGGCCUGACAGUGUCUGCAGGGGUCUUCAUCCCCUCCCUGCUGAUCGGGGCAGCCUGGGGGAGGCUCUUCGGCAUCUCCCUGUCCUACCUGACCAAGGGCUCGAUCUGGGCUGAUCCUGGGAAGUACGCCCUGAUGGGAGCUGCUGCACAGCUGGGUGGCAUAGUGCGGAUGACGCUGAGUCUCACAGUCAUCAUGAUGGAGGCAACAGGCAACGUCACCUAUGGCUUCCCCAUCAUGCUGGUGCUGAUGACAGCAAAGAUUGUGGGAGACUACUUCGUGGAGGGACUGUAUGACAUGCACAUCCAGCUGCAAAGUGUCCCUUUCCUGCACUGGGAGGCCCCAGUGACGUCCCACUCCCUCACAGCCAGGGAGGUGAUGAGCACUCCUGUCACCUGCCUGCGGAGGAUUGAGCGCGUGGGCACGGUCGUGGACAUCCUCAGUGACACCUCCUCCAACCACAAUGGUUUCCCUGUGGUGGAGAGCAACCCUGACACCACCCAGGUUGCUGGGCUGCGGGGUCUGAUCCUGCGUUCUCAGCUCAUCGUCCUGCUGAAGCACAAGGUUUUUGUGGAAAGGGCCAACCUGAGCCUGGUGCAGCGGCGGCUGAAGCUGAAGGAUUUUCGGGAUGCCUACCCCCGCUUCCCCCCCAUCCAGUCCAUUCACGUCUCCCAGGACGAGCGCGAGUGCAUGAUUGACCUCAGCGAGUUCAUGAACCCCUCGCCCUACACCGUGCCCCAGGAGGCGUCUCUGCCACGGGUGUUCAAGCUGUUCCGAGCCCUGGGGCUGCGGCACUUGGUGGUUGUGGACAAUCGCAACGAGGUGGUGGGAAUGGUGACCCGCAAGGACCUGGCCAGGUACCGGCUGGGGAAGGAGGGCCUGGAGGAGCUCUCGCUGGCACAGACGUGAGGCAGUGUGGCCCAGCAGAGACGUGCCCUGGCCCCUCGGGGCUGGGCACCCCCUUUUGCAGGAGGUGGGGCAAGGACUGGGCCAGUCCGUGCAGGUGUCACAGUGCCUGGAGCACUGGCAUGGCCAUGCUGCCCUGGCCCUCCUGCCUGUUACUGCCUUCCCACGUCUACUGCCUCCUCUUGUCACCCCUUCCUCUGCUUCCCUGAGGGAUCAAAAUUCAGCCUUGGCUCUGUUAGCUCCUGAAAUAGGUUCUCCUUGAAGGUUGGGUGAAGGCUGGAGUGUUCCAUGGGGAGCAGGACUGCCCUACUGAGCUGAGCACACUCCUCUGGUAUGGCACAUGGCCUCUGUUGCCUCAUCCACCCAGUCUGGGCUGUCUGGGACUUAGGCCCUGCAGCUGCAGCUAGGGCAGGGCUGUGAGAGGAGCAGAGGGGACAUGAUGGGGCUCCCUCCUGCCCCCAGGCCCCCAUUCCCUGCUGCCCUGUGGUCCUGCUUGCUGGGUUGGGCUGAGCUCUGGGGUUGCCUCCCUGCUCCUUGGGCCUGAGGAGGGGGACAUGCCCUGCUCAGCUGUGCAAUAAAAGGGCUCCCCUGGUUCUGCAGCUGCCGCCUCCGGCUCUUUCUUGGCUCCCUCAGCCACUCUGACCCCAACCCAUGUGUGGGGAGACACCCCUAGGAUCUGGGGCAGGGAUGGGGAGGGGAGAGCUGCCUGCUCUGGGGUGCUGUUGGUUCUGCAGCCUGUGCCCCUCUCACCACUGCUGCUCCCACACUGGGAUCCAGAGUCACUCUUGGGGCGUGUUCUGGCCAUUUCCAGCAGCCUGGGCCCUUCCAGGCACCCCAAACCCAACCACCAGUCCUGGAUUUGGCUGGGGAUGGGAGCAAAGCCAGCUUUGGCACCUCACUUCUCCCAUCUUUCCCAAUCCUUGCUCCUCUCCUUGGCAUUUCCCUGCCCCCUGACCUGGGACUGCCCCUUCCUUAGUUGGACGCAGGCAGGCUGGUGCCUGGAGAGGCUUUUGACUGCGGGAUCUGUGCUGAAAUAAAGUCUGUUUGUACUUUUA